GCGGCGGCGCUGGAGGGUUGAGUCAGGCCGGCUGUGUGAGUUGGAACUCGGUGUUAAGCUGUUGGCUGGCACGGUCUGGUUGGUCGGUUGAGGGUAGCCAUGGCUCGACUCGCUGCGCUACUGCUGUUACCGGUUCUUAUUGAAUCUGUAUUUUCCAUUUCUUUCUUUUUACCGGUCAACUCAAGAAAGUGCUUACGAGAGGAGAUCCACAAAGACGUCCUCGUUACGGGGGAGUAUGAAAUAAGCGAACAGGCGAACACCAAAACUAAUCUGAAGAUCACAGAUUCCUCCAGCCACACUCUUUACUCCAAGGAAGAUGCAACAAAAGGAAAGUUUGCAUUCACCACAGAGGACUAUGACAUGUUUGAGGUGUGCUUUGAGAGCAAAUCGCCCAUGGGGACUGGAAGAGUGCCUGAUCAGUUGGUCAAUCUGGACAUGAAGCAUGGUGUGGAGGCCAAAAACUAUGAAGAGAUUGCCAAGGUGGAGAAGCUGAAGCCUCUCGAGGUCGAGCUGAGACGACUGGAGGACCUGUCAGAGUCUAUCGUCAAUGAUUUUGCUUACAUGAAGAAGCGAGAGGAGGAGAUGCGAGACACCAAUGAGUCCACCAACACACGUGUGCUGUACUUCAGCAUAUUUUCCAUGUGCUGUCUCAUUGGGCUGGCUACAUGGCAGGUCUUCUACUUGCGGCGCUUCUUCAAGGCAAAGAAGCUGAUCGAGUAGAGCGACCCCUAGCUCCUUACCUCGGGGGAAGCUGCCUGCCUGCCAGUCAGCCAACGCAUCCCAACAUCCACCCUCCUUGGACUAGCUUCAGUAAACAACAGCACGUGGGGUUGAGGGGCUCAAACUCUAGUUUUCACAGCUGUAAGAGAAAGAGUACCAAGGUUGUCCUCUGAAAAAUGAUUCACCUGCUUAUUUAGUGGUUUGAAACAUGAAAAGCGCUGUAGGGAGAAAUGCACUGAGAGACAUGGGAGGUGUGUGUCACUGCAUUAGUGAGAUAUGUCCAUCCCCAUGGUACUUCACGUUUCUGUCUGCACUGUUUUGAAUGUUGCAGCUUACUGAAUAAGAACUUGUUCCUUCAAUCAGUUGAACAGUGAUGUUUGAUUUUGAGCUCAGUUUGAAUGGAUGUGCCAUGAGCGAAUGUCUUUUGCCCUUCUGUUGAUGUACACAUUCUUUGCCAUGCCAAGCAAACUAGAUCCUUGGUGCCCUUUUUAUCAAGUGAAGGCUAUUUGAAAAAGAGGUUUGUUGUUACUUUGAGAAAAUUGGCAACCACUGAACUUCUGUUAUGUCACUUAAUUUGCAUACAUGUUUGGUAGAUAAAUUUAACCGUGUCUUUAGUUUUUCAUAUUGUAAAUUCUACUUAGUUGCUUCUACAAGUAUAUUAUUUGGGGGGAUUGUGAGUUGUCAGAGUAAUAUUCUCUUAGUUAUGAAUUAGGUCACUUCUAUGAGCUCUUGCACGUUGUUGUUUUGCUUUUGGACCACCGGAACAUUCAUUUGUCACCAAUUAAAAGUAGCCAGAAACCAAAAACCAUGUCUUUUUUUAAGAAGGAAUUUGCAGCAUUAUACUGUAUGCAUAUGGCUAUGAGUAAUUUAACCACCUGACACCUAUGAUACAAUUCAUACAUACUUAUGUAAGUUUCUCUUGUCAGAGUGCAGUGGAUGGAGGUUUUGAUGGGAAAUGUAAAAUAGGCUAUCUGAACAUUUUGUGAAAUUUCCUUUGUCAUACGCCCCUUUUCUUUACACACUGCUAAAUUUAAUUAUCCUCUUGUAAUUUUCAAAAUAUCACUUCCUAAUUACAGUACUUGCAGAUCCAUCCAGCGUGCUUCUUUUCUUUAGAACUUAUGAGGCUUGGUUUACAUGAGAAUGUGGGUGGUUGCAAAUAUUCAGAUUGUUUUUGACAGGGAUUAAUUGAGGCAUCUGUCAUGGAUACAUUUUUAACAAUGGACAUGCGCCUUGUGCGCAAUCAAUGAUUUUUAUGUUGACUGAUAAAUUUUGUAAAUUUGUGUUGGGCUUUUAUUCAAUAAAAUAUUGGAUGGAUUUACAUUA